GCUCCUGUCACUUUCCUAUAAAAGGCGCAAAAAACCACAAUCACUCUGGCGGUUUGAUACUGUCUGGCCAGAUUCUUAUCUCGGCUGAUCUAGACUGCAUUUGGAGCGCGGAAAGAUUUUCAGCUCGGGACCCAUCGCGAUACUACACCUUAUCUGUGCUAUUCUUGGGUCGUGUUCGACUCGCCAAGGACUGCUUUACUGUUGUCGAUUCUGUUGUUAGACGCUGUUGAGUUGGCAAGGAUUAUCCCCUACUGGGUUACUUUACUGCCAACAUGGUCGCCGCCGAUGAUACGAUUCCAGAAUUGGCCGAAGGCCACAUGGAACCCCCAGUGCCCGAGUCUCGGGUGCUGAUCAUCAUGACUGGGGGUACUAUCUGUAUGCGACCGUCGCCAGCGGGCUUAGUACCAGCACGAGACUUCCAGAAACAAUGCCUGGCUCGUGUGCCGACAUUCAACGAUGGGUCGAACUCUACUAUGAUGGAUGUGGUGACCAACGCCGUGGGGGAGAUCAAGGCUCAUGUGAGUCUGCGGACUCCGCUGACAGCAUACGGCCGGCGAGUGAGGUACACUGUCUUUGAAUUCGAUGAGCUGCUCGACAGCAGCUCCAUCGACGCUAAGGGCUGGUCUGAGAUUGCGCGGACCAUUGAGCGAAACUACACACUGUUCGACGGCUUCGUCGUGCUCCAUGGGACGGACAGUCUGGCGUAUACCUGCUCGGCGCUGAGCUUCAUGCUGCAGAACCUCGGAAAGCCGGUGAUCCUCACAGGAGCCCAGGCUCCGAUGCUGGAGCUACAGAACGACGCUACAGAUAACCUACUCGGGUCACUGGUUGUGGCUGGCCACUUCAUGAUUCCAGAGGUAGCGGCCAGCGACUUCAAUGCCUUUAAUUCGCCCAACUGCGCGCCGCUGGCUGUCACGACGUCGAUGCGCACGAAUGUCAACUGGGAAAUCGUGAACCGGCCGAACAGCAUUGAGCAUUUUAGCAUCCAGACAAACCUGGACACGACGCAUGUCGCCUGUCUCCGUAUCUUCCCAGGUAUCAAGCCGGAGAUGGUGGAUGCGGUGUUGAAGCUGGAGGGCUUGCGUGGGCUGGUCCUGGAAACGUUUGGCGCUGGGAACGCGCCCCACGGCCAGGACAAUGCCAUGACCAAGGUGCUUGCUGACGCGAUCGCGCGAGGGAUCGUCAUCGUCAAUGUCACUCAAUGUCUGACCGGUAGUGUCAGCCCCGUGUAUGCUCCCGGCAUGAGUCUCUCCAAGGCCGGUGUCGUCGCGGGAUUAGACAUGACCACAGAAGCUGCCCUAACCAAGCUGGCUUACCUGCUGGCGCUCCCCGGGGCGGACCCCAAGCUCGUGGCGAGCAAGAUGUCCGUCUCUCUGCGCGGCGAGCUGACCGAGUCGUCGCAGCCAGUCUUCCGCCAUCCGGAUGGAGCUCUGCCCGAGCGCGUUCAGGCGCUCACUAUAUUGGGAUACGCCAUCGCGCAGGGGGACCUUGCUCGCGUUGAAGAGCUCUUGAAGAGCGAGCAUCACUGGCUGCUGAACGAUGCUGACUAUUCCGGAAACACUCCAAUGCAUCUGGCAGCAACAUCACCGUCCGUAGAUAUUCUGCGAUUCCUGCUGCUUCAGGGCGGGUCGGUGCAUCUGCGGAAUCGCAACGGACGCACCCCGCUCUUCCUGGCCGCUAAUGCUGGACUGUCCGAACACGUGCUUCUACUGCGGAAGUCGGGCGCGCACCUGCACUCUGACGAGCGGACGGCCGCACAGCUGCUGGCGCGACGACGGCCUGGCAUCUGGGGACUGGCCGGCAUUGGGCCACGUGAAAUCAGCGACAGAGAGAUGGAGGAAGUCGACGGGGACGGGUACCGCGCAGGGUCGUCGCACUGGCCGAUGGCGGGAUCUGCGCCUUGA